GCCCCCGAUGGUCUCCCGGCCUGAGCCCGAGGGCGAGGCCAUGGACGCCGAGCUCUCGGUGGCGCCGCCGGGCUGCUCGCACCUGGGCAGCUUCAAGGUGGACAACUGGAAACAGAACCUGCGGGCCAUCUACCAGUGCUUCGUGUGGAGCGGCACCGCGGAGGCCCGCAAGCGCAAGGCAAAGUCCUGCGUCUGCCAUGUCUGUGGCGUCCACCUGAACCGUCUCCACUCUUGCCUCUACUGCGUCUUCUUUGGCUGUUUCAAUAAGAAACACAUCCACGAACACGCCAAGUCCAAGCGGCACAACCUGGCCAUCGAUCUCACGUAUGGAGGCAUCUAUUGCUUUUUGUGUCAGGACUACAUCUAUGACAGAGACAUGGAAAUAAUUGCCAAAGAGGAACAGCGGAAGGCUUGGAAGAUGCAAGGUGCUGGAGAGAAGUUUUCAACUUGGGAACCAACCAAACGGGAGCUGGAACUGCUGAAACACAAUCCUAAAAGGAGGAAGAUCACCUCUAACUGCACCAUAGGUCUGCGAGGGCUCAUCAACCUUGGGAACACGUGCUUCAUGAACUGCAUCGUCCAGGCUCUGACCCACACACCGCUCCUGCGUGACUUCUUCCUGUCUGACAGACACCGGUGUGAGAUGCAGAGCCCCAGCUCCUGCCUGGUCUGUGAGAUGUCCUCACUCUUCCAGGAGUUCUACUCUGGGCACCGCUCCCCUCACAUCCCCUACAAGCUGCUGCACCUGGUGUGGACCCACGCACGCCACCUGGCCGGCUAUGAACAGCAGGACGCGCACGAGUUCCUCAUCGCGGCCCUGGACGUCCUUCACCGGCAUUGCAAAGGUGAUGACAAUGGGAAGAAGGCCAACAACCCCAACCACUGCAACUGCAUCAUUGACCAGAUCUUCACAGGCGGGCUGCAGUCCGACGUCACGUGCCAGGUCUGCCACGGCGUCUCCACCACCAUAGACCCCUUCUGGGACAUCAGCUUGGAUCUGCCUGGCUCCUCCACCCCGUUCUGGCCCCUGAGCCCGGGCAGCGAGGGCAGUGUGGUCAACGGGGAGAGCCACACCUCGGGCACCACAACACUCACCGACUGCCUGCGGAGAUUUACCAGACCAGAGCACUUGGGAAGCAGUGCCAAGAUCAAAUGCAGUGGGUGCCACAGCUACCAGGAGUCCACCAAGCAGCUCACCAUGAAGAAGCUGCCCAUUGUGGCCUGCUUUCAUCUUAAACGAUUUGAGCACUCGGCCAAGCUGAGGCGGAAGAUCACCACGUACGUGUCCUUCCCCCUGGAGCUGGACAUGACACCCUUCAUGGCCUCCAGUAAAGAAAGCAGGAUGAACGGGCAGUACCAGCAGCCCACAGACAGCCUCAGCAACGACAACAAGUACUCCCUGUUUGCUGUCGUUAACCACCAAGGGACCUUGGAGAGUGGCCACUACACCAGCUUCAUCCGUCAGCACAAAGAUCAGUGGUUCAAGUGUGAUGAUGCUAUCAUCACCAAGGCCAGCAUCAAGGACGUGCUGGACAGCGAAGGAUACCUGCUGUUCUACCACAAACAGUUCCUGGAGUACGAGUAGCCUCAUCCACAGCUGGUCAGAGAAAAGGAGGGCGAGGAGUUGGCAAGCCUCACCAGAAGACCCCCAGCUUCCCCGACAUGGCACCACCACGGCACCCCUCCUGUGUAGAUGAGCCUGCACACGUGAUCCUUCUGCACCCGGGAGUCAGGGGUCAGAGUGGACGUGAACCGCCCUCCCGAGCACACGUCAGGACGGUGCCCUGGAUGGGAAAGGAGCCGAGGGAGUCUGUCACUGGCGUCUCUCCUGUGCUCCUCAAAACUGGGAGAUCUGGGGUUGGGGCACCCUCGUGGCAUGAAACUGCCUCUGCCUGGUGCUUCCUUUUGUCCUACCACGCACACAGUUUAAAAAGGUGCCCACCUGAUGAAAAUAAUGGGUCCACCGCGUGUAGACCAAGGUGGAGGCCAGGGCAGAGGCCUGGGGCGGCUGCGGGCUAAGUGUGGGCGGGGAGCCCAUCCUCCCACUGUCUCCUGCAGCUGGAGGCUGACCCGGGGCCCAGGGCCUGGGGGCGCUGGUGCAGGUUCCCAGCACGUCUGCUCUGCAGGUAAUUUAGUGUCAACUGCAUGUGGAAGCAUCAGCCCAGGUGUUCUCUCAGUUUUCUAGAAAUAGACAUUUUCUUAUCCCCUUUCCCUUUUCUCUUUUUCCAAGAUGGUGAAUUUCAUAAAUGUAAUAAUAGUAAAGUGAAUGACUAUUGAGUUUAUAAUGAAAUCUAGAUCAUUUCUUUAUUCUCAAGAGUGAGUCUUGCUUUUUAAUUGGUGCUGUUCUGUUGUGCCCUUUCCCACCCCGCUCAGCCGCUCUCCCCCUUCUGUGGUUCGCAGCAGGCAGAGGUGGCGGAGGAGGACGGGGGACAGGGCUGCAGCUCAGAUCCAGUGUCUUGAUCUUGGAGUCAACGGAGCGUUGUCCCGUGGUUCCAUGGUCCCUUUCCCCCAUUUUCCUCCUGAUCUUUGGUCUUGCUGCCUGGGCAGGGCCGCGUGGUGGCUGGUGUGUGGGGUCUGAAGCUGAGUGGCCCUGCUGGAGGCCAGGUGCCUCUCUGCACUUGCUGUGACUUCAGUUGGAACAGGAAUGAAAUGCUUUUGUGAUGAGGUGGUUUCGGAGCUGGUUGAGGAAGUUCCUUGUAAGAUAUCUUGCAUGUAUCUAGCUAUUCAAACCCAAACUUAGAUUGUUAGUCCACUUUUGAGAAAUCACAACCUGGGGGCCUGGGGACGGAAGCGCUAUUGGGACCUAGUUUGUGAAUGGCCAUCUCUGCAGCUCUGCCUGCCCGGGAGCGCUGUCUGCAUGGACUGCAGGGUCCUGGUGUUGGGGAGAAGGAAGUGAGCGGUCUCAGGGCUAGCUAAAGAGCCGACGGGUGAGAAUCUGAGGCUCUGUGGGCUCUAGGGUCUCUGCUAUAGGUAAUAUGUGAACAGUGAGUUUGGCUGUGUUCCAGUAGUCCUUUAUUUAUGGGCCCUGAAAUUCGAAUUUUGUAUAAUUUACAUGUGUCAAGAAAAUAAAUUUUUUUUAACUAUUUGAAAAUAAGAAAAUUUCUCAUAGUUGACAGGCCACACAAAGGUAGGCAGGGGACCUGAGCUGAGAAGCUGCUGCUUACUCAAAACCCAAGAAACCCAAACACCUGCCACGGGGUCGGCAGGUACAGUGGAGCCUCGUGGUGCGGUCUGUGCACACUUCCCAGUUCAUCUCUGUUGUGUUUCUGUGUUCAAAGAAUAUAAACUAAAGCAUGUGUUUAAAUAAGCAUUAUUGGAAAGCAUGGACGGCCAGGUUCUCAGGCACAGCCCCAGGCGGCCGUCUGUGUACUGUGCUGUGAAGAUCUUCUUGGGAACAGAUUUUUGUCUUUUAAUCAGGAACAAGUCUUUUGGAAAGGAGGCUGAACUGAAGGCAGCCUGCAGGCGUCUGAACGGGGAGCCUCAGCACCCUGACUUGCAGGGUGUACAGACGCAAGUGUGAAGCCAGCAGGUGAGCCGGCUGGGCUUUCUGGCCCGUCACCCUUGGCCGGGCUGGGCCUGUGUCCUCCGUGGCCACACCCCUCCGGUCUCAGCUUGUGCCACUGUACUGGGACUGUAGAAGGGGAGGAAGAUGGAGCUGCGCUCCUCUUUAUAGGCACCAUUGGAGACGUCCGUAUUCAGGUGGAUUCCCUCCUUUACUGAGGCUUUGGCACUCUUAGCACUUAGCUCUGUCCAGCUGGGAGACCCCUGGACACUCAGCUCGUGUUGGGCCUUGCCCUCAGCCAGGACCCUCAGCACUGGGUCCAUGUUUCUGCUCAUGUGACUUGACUUUGUGAGGAGCAGCAUAUUUAUUUGAUGGGUUUAGGGAUCCCUUGUUUUAGCUCCCCGUCUGGCUCGUCAGUCAGGAGAACGGUUUUACCAUUUCCCAGUUAACCACCCUGUGUAGGGAGGUGUUCAGAUUGUCCCAAAGUUGUCUUACCGUGAAGGGACUCGUUGGGUGACACCCCCUGCACGUUCAUGACCGUGUGCCAGGAAGAGUCUGCACGUCUGAGAUGCUGGCUGUCAUUCAGUGCUUCAUGGUGAGACAGGUGGACUCGCCCUCUUCAGGAGUCUGGAGGCAAGGUUUUUGAGCUGGGUGGAGUGCUGGGGGCCUGGGUGGCCUGAGGGUGGUGUGGACAGCGUCCCUGUGCCUGGGACUCCUCAGCCAGGCAGCAGCCAGGGGCCGGGCCCGGGCUCUGCUCCCCUGGACCCCAGGAUGGCCCCUGCGCGUCCCUGUUAGCAGCAUCCCUGAGACAUACCUGAGUGCUCUUGUGUUUUGGCUUGGUGUGUAUGCUUUGACUUGUGUAAAAUCGCAGUUCUUUUGACAAUUCAAAGUGACUCGUUUCAUUUACUAUAACUUUAAAAACAAAAAUUGUAAAAAAAAAAAAAAUUCCAAUGAUUGUGUUGUGGUUGGAGAUUUUAUUACCAAGAUGUUUACACCUGCCCUUUCCCUGUCGUUUUGAGGGGCUGUUUGGCGCUCUGCUCCCUGAUGGCUUGUAGUCUUUCCUAUGUCAUAAUAAAGCUACGUUUUAUUCUGCA